AUGAAGGGCACUGUUCAGAGGCUCCUGGUCCUCCUUGCCCUACUAACCCUCGCGCCCAUUAUUGUUGCUUCACUCUUUCCCUCAGAUCAGCACAUCAUGUCCUCUAAGAACAACGACAUGGUCGAGGUCCAGAAGCGCCUCUUCGACGCCGAAAUCAUUCCCACGGUCAUCGACGUAUUCAAGCCCAUUAUGGGCUUAUCAGUCGAAUGGGGAGGUUCGAAAGAUGCGGCGUCCCUAGGAAAUACCCUGGAUCCCUCGCAUCUCCAGUCCUCCCCGACAGCUCGCCUCGAAAGGGCCGAUCCAGAAGGGGACUCCAGAACUGCGAGCAUCCUACGCCCAGGCAUGACCUACGUUCUAACCCUGACCGACCCCGAUGCUCCCUCGCGAGAUGAUCCGAAAUGGUCCGAGUUCUGCCACUGGAUCGCGUCUGGCCUUGUGCCUCCCUCGUCUGCCAGUUCCUCGUCCCUCCCCCUCGCCGACCUGAAGGACGUGAUGUCGUACAAGCCGCCAUCCCCGCCUCCUGAAACAGGCAAGCAUCGCUAUGUUUUCCUCGUCUUUGUUCCGGCGAACGGGACCAGUGAGCCCCUUGACUUGUCGAAACCCGGCGCCCGGAAGCACUGGGGCGGUGAUAAGGCAGGGCAUGGGGUCAAAGACUGGGCCGACACCAAUGGACUUCUUCCGAUCGCGGCGAACUUCAUCUACGCGCAGAACGAAAAACAGUGA